AUGUCGAUCCCAAGUCAAACGUCAGCGUGUCAUCUGGACGCCUCCAGCCUGGCUUACCAAGAAGAGCUCGCCAAGGCGUACGGGGUCGAGAUCAACAAGCGCAUUCUCGCCUUCAAUGUCGAGGCGCCGUCUUCGGAGAAGCACGAUGUUCGAGCAACCUGGAAUCGCCCGCUCAAGCCCGCCUACCACAAAACCAAGAGACGGAUCCCCCUGGAGCCCGUCCGGGUCCUGGAUGCCCCAGGGAUGGUCGAUGACUAUUAUCUUAACCUGCUGCACUGGUCGUCCCAGAACGUGCUGGCCGUGGCCUUGGAUAAGACCAUCUUCAUGUGGCAUGCCGACAGCGGCGAUGUCGUCGAGUUCUGCAACACGUCUGACACCGACUCGAUCGCGUCGCUCCAGUUCGACGCCAGCGGCGAUAUCUUGGCGAUCGGAACACACUCGGGCGAGACACAAAUAUGGAAUGUCGAGAAACGGUCCAAAAUCCGAACGAUGAAGGGCCGCCUGAGCCGGGUCGGUGUUCUGUCGUGGGACAAGCACAUCUUGUCGGCUGGAGCACGGGAUGGCUCCAUCUGGAAUCAUGACGUGCGUGUGCAAAACCACAAAGUCUCGGAGUUCCUCGGACACUCAGAAGAUGUCUGUGGACUCCAGUGGCGGCUCGAUGGACAGCUGCUCGCCAGUGGUGGCAACGACAACCUUGUGAACAUCUGGGACGCUCGCUCGUCGAUUCCCAAGAUCACAAAGUCCAACCACAUGGCGGCCGUCAAGGCUGUAGCCUGGUGCCCAUGGCAGCUCAAUCUACUGGCCACCGGCGGAGGAACAUACGACAGGAUGAUCCACUUUUGGAACUCGACGACGUCUUCAAAGUCUGCAUCGAUCGACACCGGUUCUCAAGUAACCUCGAUCAUCUGGUCCCGCCAGUACAAGGAGCUGCUCUCUUCGCACGGCAACACCACCAACGGAGCUCACGGCUCACUGCGCAACCAUCUCACUCUCUGGAACUACCCUUCGCUCAACAAGGUCGCCGAUCUCGGUGGACACGAGUCCCGCAUCCUGCACACGGCCUUGAGUCCCGAUGGCGAGACGGUCGCAUCGACGGCUCCGGAUGAACAUCUCAAGUUCUGGAAGGCAUGGGAAGCCAAACCCAAGACCAAAGCCAAGGCGGCAGCGGCAUCGCUACCGGGCAUCACUGGCGACGUGCAGAAGAUGAAUAUCCGCUAG